AUGGACAACAUCGACGAGGAAUAUGACCGGCUUGUUGAACACAUUCACGACUGCGCGAAGAAGCGUGGAGCAGCACUAGCCGCAGGGAACCAAGAACUGACGUCCGAGCUCGCAAGGCUUUGCAGAGAGGCGAUAAAGGAGGACCUUAAAAAGAGAAGAGCAGAAGUGCUGGCUGAAGCUGCAGAGGCGGGGAAAAGCAUCCGCUAUGCCCGUCGAGACUUUGCCAGUCGCAAAACAAGGAUGCCUGCUUUCCGGAAUCCGAAGGGAACAACCAUUGCAUCGCGAAGGGGAAUAGAAUAA